UGGAGCCGCUCCUCCUCCUCCUCCUCCUCCUCCUCCUCCACAGGCAGGAGAAAGCCAGGCAUUAGGUCUGAACAGGACACAAUGAGCUUUAAUUGGAGCACACAUGUUUUCUCAGCGUGUGUGUGUAACUAAGCUGCCUGUGCCGCUCCUGUGGGAUCCAUCAAGCAGGUACUUGAGGAGACCUAUUGGCAGGUGCUCUGGUCCAAUCAGCGCCCUCCGUGCGCAGCGUCAAGCCGCACUGAAGCUCGGAGGCGCGUUUAGUUGGUGCGCACUUGUGCACAGAAACCUGCGAGCGCGCGCAGACUUCAUGGAUCAGGGCAAUUUGCAGCACUGUUGAGUUUUGUAGCAGCAGCAGCAUCUCGAGCUCAGAGCAGCCCUCCAUCUCUCCGGUCAUGGUGCAUCUCUGAGAGGUAGCUCAGAGGAAGGACACACUCACAUCUUCAUUCUGCUGUUGGUUGGUGUGUCUCACACACACGAGGUGCUCGAUGAUGUUUUCGUCUGCAGGAAAGCGCUGCUUCACCAUCGAGUCUCUGGUGGCCAAGGAGAACCCUCUGAUCGCCGAGGACCCGAUCCGCCCCACGGCUCUGACCUACUCCAACCCGACCACAGACGCGUUAAUGAACAGUUACCAGGCUCCGCCGGCCCGCUCCCUGUACCAGAGCCCGGACCUGGUGUUCCCAGAGACGGUGAACCACCCGUCCCUCACCGUGGCUCCUCACCAGCUCGGAGGAUCCCACCUACAGCAUCCGCACUUCUUCGGGACGCAACACCGGGACCCGCUCAACUUCUACCCCUGGGUGCUCCGGAACAGGUUCUUCGGACACAGAUUUCAAGCAGGAAAUGACGUGUCGCAGGACAGCCUGCUGCUCCACGGGCCCUUCGCCAGGAAACCCAAACGCAUCCGGACAGCCUUCUCUCCGUCCCAGCUGCUCCGCCUGGAGAGAGCCUUCGAGAAGAACCACUACGUGGUGGGAGCCGAGAGGAAGCAGCUGGCCAAUAGCCUGAGCCUGUCUGAAACACAGGUGAAGGUGUGGUUCCAGAACAGACGGACCAAGUACAAGCGACAGAAGCUGGAGGAGGAGGGACCAGAGAGCCAGCAGAAGAAGAAGGGAAACCACCACAUCAACAGAUGGCGCAUUGCCACCAAGCAGCCCAGCUCCGAGGACAUAGACGUGACCUCAGAGGACUAAAACCGCCGUCCAACCUCCGACAAGGCUGCCCCAAAACCCUGCGUCUCCUUGUGACGCACCAGAGGACCAACACUAUUUAUUAUGUAAUAUUAUUAAGUAUAAUUAGACACAUUAGAGGAAGGACUGAACAUGUGACCGUCUCUUCAUCGAGGUGCUACGCUCAGUGACACUGGAGAAAAAAAUAUUUAAUGACAUCCACCCUGAAUGUGUCUGGAUGAGGAGAUCCGUUCAUCAUUUAAUGAUCUUUGGUGACGACCAAAGACGAAGAGAAACAACAUCAACCUCCAUCAUAGUCUGUUUUUUGAAUAUUGUACAUAGGCCACGAACAAAGGUUGUUUUUGAAAGAGGAUAUUUGUUUCAUUAAAGCUGUUUUUACCACCUGCUUAGGUCAUUAACACCUCGCUGCUCACCCCACCCACUGCGCCACCUGUGCACCCUGUUAAUUUCAAUUUCUUCUCAAAGACGACAACAUGUCGCACACUUCAAUCCACCCAGUGACUCGGAGGACGGGCUGGUGACUGGCCAGAAGAACAAAACAGGAAAUGUGACAAAGAAGAUCUAAAUGUGAAGCAUUUUAUUUUCACUGGUGACUCGACACCCAGUCCAAUGCUUUGUUACGCUUCCUCACAGAGACUCUGCACAGAAAGGCGAUUCAUGACCAGCUGUGCGUGACUCCGGGACAGACAGGAAGCUGCAGAGACCUCUGGUGUUCAGGGCGAGUUAAUAAAUCACAGCUUUGGCGUGGGGUGACGGAUGACGUCUCCAUUUGUUGAAUGUCUGCAGAUUUCAUUGAGCGCCGUGUGUCGUAUAAAACAUAUAUAAAAACAUACUUUUCAAGCAGAUCAUGUAAUUACAGAAAGAUGUUUUAGAAAUAAAAAUAAAAAACUAUUUCUCUCAUGAGAAAUGUGAGAUUUUUGUGUAACUCAGGUUGUACAUCACGUCAGCCCAGCUGCAGACUUCUAUUCCGACCAGGUUUCACU